AUGAGCUGUUCCUUCAAGUACAAGGAACUCAAAGGUUAAAAAUAACAACUUUAGAAACCAAAUCUCAAGUAUUAUUUAACAAUUUUAGAAAAAAACAGGCUCUGGUUGAGAACUAUAUAAAAAAGCAGCCAGAACACAAAAAUAAGUGAAAAUCACUCGAAAACUGUUGCCUAAAAGACUUUCCGUUCAUUUUUGCUUCAUUCAAAAAAUGCGAGAAAACUAUUGAGAGCAUUAUAAAAUCUACUGUUUUCGUUAAAUCGCAAACCGCUACUCCCUGACUUCAUUUCAUGACAUUAUUCGUAACACAAGAAAUAAGCGUAAUCGAAAUAUUUAUUUUAUUCACGUGAACAUGAUUCAGCAGAUUAUUAUUAUCUCAUUUCAUCACGUCGACUGGUCGGUCUCUUUGCCGCUCUCUCAUGGGUAGGGACCGCAAGCCAUUUCUUCAGAACGAUUCAAAAAAUAUGUUUUUCACAUUGUUCGAUAGAAGAGACUGUCCAUUUUCAUAAUCCGUUUAGUUUUUUGAAAAAAGCUCCACUAAGAAAAAAGUUAUGGCCAAAAAACGAGCGCGCGCGGCGUACAACUGGAGGCAAAAUCUCACGGUUUACCCGCUGCCGCACGCUUUCUUUUUAAAUGUUUUUGCACGUUUCUGGACCGUUUUUAAAUCGGUUUUCUGUUCUGAGAGGUUGUCCGAACUGAGCCUCAUGUUUUGGUAUGAAUCUUUUUGUACAAUCCUCAUAAGAAUUUUUUUGAUAGAAUAUCAAAAAAACUACCUAAAAAAAGGUUAAAGGGAUUUUUUUCAGCUUAUUUUUUUCUUUUUUUCUACUCAGAAAAAAAUUAUUAUCAUUCGAUUUGGAAAAAAAGAAAAAAAUGAAAAAAAUAAUGUUAUUUCGAAAUAAAACAGGAAAAAAAGUGCAAUUUGACUCCGAAAAAAACGGCUCCUGCGACAUUUAAAAUGGCGUAUCGGUGUGUUUGACGCAAACACAGCCGCGGACACUUGCACGAAAUCUUCCAAAAUUUCAAAAAAAAUUGCCAUUUUUUCGAGGUUUUCAAAGCCGUUAUUUUUUUCGCGUCGAUCGAUUUUUUUCAUAAUUUUUUCAUUGAUAGAGUUUUGAACGCUUAAUAACAUAAGCAAAAGUAUAGACGCGAUCCUAUUCUCUCAUGCGUCAACGAGGCAGGCGAAAAAAGGAGGUUUUGGUAAAACUCAAAUAUAACUUGAUUCGCUGUCCCAAUAAUUAUUUUCAUUUUGAAUUCUUAUUUUUGGACACACUGUUAGUUUUUAAAUCAAAUAAAAAGUAUACCAUGUCGCUGAAAUUUUUUCGCAUUUCAGCUUCAAAGUUUGGUGUCACUUUACAAGCUUUAAUAAUUUUUUCGCGUCGGUAGAUUUUUUUCAUUUUUACUCAAAAAAAUAGAGAAAGUGUUAAUGUAUAACAUACUCAAAAAUUCGGAAGCGUUCCUCACUUGGUUUUCAGAAACGCGACGAUUUUUGUGAAACUUGUCAGUUUUUUUCGUGUUAAAUCUUACUUUUUUUCGCUUAUUUUUUUGAAAAAAAUACAUAGUUUAAAAAAAUUUUUUUCAGUCUUGUAGAGCGUUGUCGAUUACAUAGAUUAACAGAAACAGUUCAUUUUUAAAGUGGGACUUUAGCUAGUAUAAACGCCUCGAAACCGUUUUUGCAACAAAAAAAUCGUCAUUUUGGUGGCAUGAAGGGGCGGGGCUUUGCGCCCCCUACUCAUGGGAUAAUAUUCCGACGCCCGUCAGCCCUGGACAAGCUGGGCGCUGUACUGUUCCAACAUGGUGAAGCAGUUUAUUCGCUGGUACUACCAACGGGCCAACAUUAUUUCCCAACGCUAGCUGUCAUUCCGGGACGUAUUGGACAACGAUUGUGGACCGUCACCCGCGCCGACGACUAACUCUUCGAUUAUACCAUGAUUCAGCAGAGAUUUUCUUCAACUUACUCUGAAUACUGAAUAAAUUGAUAUGAAUUGAAAUUGAGAUUGAAAAAAAUUGAAGAAUGGGAGGAGCCUGAAUUGCGCCUUUGCAUUAAAACUGCGCCUACAGGUAGGGACCGCAGGCCAAUUUCCAAAGUCAGUGAUAUAAACAUGAAACCUAUAUGAAAAAGAAAGCUGAUGGCAAUCGAGAGCUAACUGCGAAAAACAGAAAAGAAAAAAAUAUGAAAAAAAUGAAAAAAAGUUAUAAGCAAAAAAAGUGGCGAAAUCGGGGGAACCACUUUUGUGUAGAAACUUUCGUCAGGGUCGCAGGAAAAGGGGCGUGUUUAUAGAUGCCGCGCGCUCCUUGCUGUGCGUUAAUUCACGCAGGAGACGUUUCGAAAACAUAUUUAUUUGAGUUUUUAGAAGUUUUAAAUGAAAUAUUAGAGUUUUCAUAUUGAAUAUUGCUCUUUUUCAAUAUCAGCCUACUCUUCAAGCACUCACGCUGCUGAAAAAGCGAGUUUUGAAGAAGGUUUUAAUGCAUUUCGUAAAAAAAGAAAAAUAACCGACAAAAUAGACCUCUGCGAAGGACGAACAGCAUUAAACCGAAUUGAAAAAUGUAACAGUCUACUAAGAAAUUUACUGAAAAAAAUAUGUAAAUAAUCACCAAGUCCUUUUUUUCAGAGAGUUUUUUAAAAAAAUGGGCGAAAUCGUUUUUACUUUUGAUUUUCUACUUCUUUUUAUUUUUUUCUCUAAAGUUUGUGCGUCUACAUGGAGUGUACGUAGACAAUUUUUUUCAGAAUUCUUUACUUGACAUUCUGAAAAAAAUUCAAAAAAAGUUGAGUAAAAAGCGAAAUUUAAUACUUUUCUCGCUGCUAUAAUGGAUAUAAUGAUAUAGGAAAAAGAUUCCAAUUAUGAAAUGAGUAAAAAGCAACUAUAAAGCCACAAUAAAAUGAGAAAACUUGAAUAGAAUACAUAAAUAGUUAAAAAAAAACCUUCUUGACGCUUUCGAAAAAUUUCGUGGCCUUCGCGGUGUCUGCAGAUUUUCAGCGACGCGCAGUUUUAAAAAUAACUUUCGAGCGUUUAAAUUAACCAUACUUUUCGGGCCAUCCUAGGAAUUUUUUUAUUUUUUGAUAUGUUGUAGAGAAAUGUCUAAUGUUUGAUAUUAUGAAAUAAAAAAACUUGCCCAGAACGCUUUUGGGCCGUUUUCAAAGCGUUACGAAAAAAACCCAAAUUUUAAGCUUUCAUAUAAACUAUAUAAUCGAUGAAAAAAACUUAGUUUUAUAUUUUUUUAAAAUUUGCAAACAACUGCAAACAACCGUUUAAAAAAAUAUAAUCAGUAAUUAUCGAUUGCGUUUUUUUCGAAAAAUAAGGAAUUUCGAAAAAUCGUGAUUUUCAAAUUGCGUUAUUUUUUUGAGGCCAACCAUAGAAUUUUUUUAUUUUUUUCGCCAGAAUAUGCGUUUUUUUAGUUGCUUUUAUGAUAUUCAAGAAUAAAAAAAGUUGCCCAGAAACUUUCAAGAAAAAAACGGGAUUUUUUUAUCUGUUUUCGGCCACAAAUGCGUUUUUGAAAAACUGUCGUCGUACAUUCUUAUUUCUCAUUUUUUUCAGUAUUCUCUUUCAUGUAGGAUUGUUAAGCAUAGCCGAUUGUAUGUUUCCCCUAAUUUUUUUCCCCAAAUCGGUACAAGAAAAACUGUUUUAAAAUAUAAAAAAAGAACCAAAAAUGCAACGAAAAAUGACGAAGUUUUUUUGAACAGCGAAGUGGGCGUGGCUCUGCGGUCCCUACCUACAGGUUCAUGCAUUACUUAAGAAAAUAGGCUUAGUUUUAAGGCUUCACGCGGAGGCGGAGCGCGCAUAGCGCGAAGCCGACUGUGGCUCGCUUCGAAAAACUGAGCCACAGUGAAAAAUCCGUCAAAUAAAUGAAAUACUUGACAUAAAAGGCAUUUAGUUUCAAAAAGUGGACACUAAUAACACUAUCAGGUAGCUCUAAACGAUUUGCAAACUUGAUACGCGUAGCGAAAAAAUCUGCGAAGUGUAUUUCCCAGAAAAAAAUUAAAGGAGCACACUGUGCGUAGGCGUAAGCCUCGACGCCUCGGAUUAUUCCAAACCUUUUUCUAAAAAAAGUAAGAAAAAUAGAAGAAUAAAAAAAGUUUCCAACCAAAAGGGGAUUUUCAAGUGUGUUAUCUUUCUGUUUCUCAUGUGACCGGAAAAAGUUUUCACGUCGAAUCUAAUUUUAUAAAUUGGAACGUAAAAAAAUGAAUAAAAUGAUAUGGCUGCGUGUGCAAGUUUUGCAAAUGAAGAUGAUGUCAUAGGGAUGACGUCAGGGAGUAGCGGUUUGCGAUUUAACGCGAAGUAAAAUCUACAGGUUCCUCCUUGAGGGAAUGAAAAUGAGACAGCCAUAAUAAUAGAUAGCUGGCUAUAGAAACUUUGAAAAAAAUUUCUUUAAUAAAAAAAUAAUUUUAAAAAAAUUAUUAGAAGAAAAAUUUGCUACCGUAAUCUAUUUUUUUGCGCGUAAUCUACAACGCCUCCCGUGCACUCGUUGUUCGCGUACAAAACGCGGUUCAGGCAAAAAUUGGAAAGAAAUUUUCAGAAAAAAAUGAAAAAUUCUCUCUUCUAUUUUUACGUUUAUUAGUUGAUUCAUGAAAAUCUGAAGCAAGGUAACAAAAAAAAAUAGAAAUUAUUUCAGCGUCGUUCCAAUGCUCACUCUUGUUAUUCUUCAUAACCUUAAUCUCAAUUUUCUCUUCUGUCCUAGCAGGUAAUAUUUUUGCUUCUUAUUUCUUUAUCAGUAAAAGCUACAGGAAAUUGUUGUACACAGCCGAUGGUGAGUUUCUCGUCGGGCGAGGCUUUUCCCGACGAAUGCCUGAAGCUGGCUUGCACUGACGAUAUUAUUCUGGUCGUUAAUCCGAAUGUAAAUCAUCGUCUUAUUUGGAAUUUCGCCUUCGAAGCGACACAAAUCAGCACGCUCACUGUGAUUUCCAACAGGGGGAAGCCGUUAGAAUUCAAUAAAUUGGAGAGGAUCGUUCAUCACGGCAGUGGUGCGUUAUUGUUGCUAGAAAACUGGUUUUUACUUUUUGGAAAUUUUUGAUCUUAGGUUCAUUAAGGGUACGGUAGAGCUUUAAAGUCGGAAAACAUCAAAAAAUUUAAAAUCUUGCCUAAAAUAAUUGAAUUUUUUCGUGCCAAUUUUCAAUUGAAAUUUUCCCCCUAUGCUCCUUUAAAGGCAUAGGGGCAGUAAAAAACGAUGUUUCAGUUCAAAGCGGUUAUUUAUAGAGCUUUUGAUUGCGAAUCGAACGGUGAACUUGAAAACGUACAGAAGUUCCUAGUUUUGAAGAAAAAAUUAUUCAAAGUCGGAGAGAGGAAAGUUUGAGUUCCCGCGAAAAAGGGGGUUUUGCAGUAAAGUCGCUCUAUGGACAACAGGCUCCGCCAUUUUUCGGAUUCUCGCUUUUUUCUUCGUUUCUUUCAAUUUUCAAUUUUUUCUGUUGUCACCAAAGUUCUUUUCGUCACAAAAGCUUUCGAUUCAUGUAUAAUUUGCAAACUUUGAUCGCAAAAAUGCUUCUUUGGUGAAAAAUGAUGAUUUUACAUCGGUUUCGAUUGGGAUAGCGAUUAUUUGUGUUUCCUUUAUUAUCGGUGUGUGUUUUUUGUUUGACUAAACGUUUUUUUCAGAAAAGAAACCCUUAAUUUGAAGCAGAGAGCCGGUUAUUUCUAAAAAAAAAUGCGAGUAUAAUGAGACGUCCGCAACAUCGCGUUCACGGCUACUGUAAACAUUUGUCCGUAGGCCGAUCCAAAGCUUUUUUCAAAAAUAAAGGCGGGAAAUUAAAAUCGCGUUUUUCUUCUAAAGUUGUCACAUCUGUAUUUUUUUGAGUACACCAUUCGAUUCGCAAAGAAAAACUAUAUAAGAUACUGCUUUCACCUGAAACCCCAUUUUUCACUGCCCCUAUGCCUUUAAAGGCACAACCUAAAGUCUCGAUAAUACUGAUAGUAAAUUUUGAUAAAAUAUGCUUUUUUGAAGGCGCAAGAGCCUAUAAUCUCUUCUCUAUGCUCCUUUAAAAACUCUACGAUUCGUUGCAGGACCAGCCAUCAGAUUUUUCGACGCCGACAUUGCCUCGAUUUCCUUUGUCAAUUUGAAAGAAAUCAUUGUCGAUGAACCGCUGAUUUACUGUCAGAAGAGAGAUUUGAUCGUUUUCGAAUCACAGAUCUCGCAAGUUGUGAUGGAUCGGCUGAAGAAAAUUGCGCGAAAGGUGAAAGUUUUCCUUCUUGAGGGACAAAAAAUGGAUCUUCUACCUUGAAGUGAGCAAAGCUGAAGUUAAUAAGAGCCCAUUCUAAUCUUUGAAAUGGCUUCUAAAGCGAUAACUAAACAAAAACUAAAGUGGUCACUUCAUUUACACCCCUAGUGUGCCCAUAUAUCAUUCAAAACCUCCCCAUCACUAUCAGAAAUUUCGUAACCUCUUAUGGGAAAGUUUUUAGUGGCCACUAUAAAGGCAAGGACUACUUGGAGAGGACACUAAAGUGGCCACUAAACCCACCUCUGUAGUGACCACAAUUUUCCGUUUUAGUGGCCACUUCAGUAGUUUUUCAUCCAGUAGUUUUUCCAGUAACUCUGAUAAUUUUCAAACAAACAGAUUGGACCAGUUAUGUUGAUCCAUUGACCCCUAAAGUGGCCACUAAAGUUUUUAGUGGUCUAGUAGGAGCACUUAGACCUCUUUUGUGGCCACUAUAGUUAAACCCCUUAAGUGGCCACUAAUUUGACUCCUAUAAUAGCCACUAAAACGUCAGAACCCUAUAGUGGCCACUAACGCGUCAAAACCCUAUAGCGGCCACUAACAUUUAACCUCUUAAGUGGCCACUGUUUUGACUACUGUAGUGGCCACUAGAACGUCCAAACUCUAUAGUGGCCACUUAAAAUUUUCCCAGUACUACUAUCAGAAAUUCCGUAACUUCUUUAAAAUCACUUCAGUAGCCUUUUCAAGCUAUUCCCCUAAAGUGAUCACUACUAACCACUUGCUAGAACCCUCAAGUGUUCAAUAACACUCCUAAAAGAGACUUGCUCCUAUUCUGAUCCCUUGAAUCAAAGUAAGAUCACUAAAGGGACCACUAAAAGCUCUCCAUUCAGACUCUGGCCGUUUGUGACGGCCCUACCGUACCCCCAACUUCACCAACUACAGUACCUCUGAAGACGACGACUUCAAAGAGGACCCGGCGUCCUCCGAAGCCUACCACCACCAAAAAGGGGCCGACUAAAAGCACCAAGAAGACGACUACUGAGGAACCUUUCGAUUCUCCCGACCUCUCGCCACAGAAUCCUUCCGAGACUUCAACUGGCGCUUCUGAUGAUUCUUCCACAACUGAAAGCGCGGCGGCGGCACGUCGCAGGUGGAAGGAGGAGCGGGAGAAAAAGUGUAUAAGCGGUGAGAUUUCCUUAGGGACUCCAGAGUGGUUCCUGAAGGGUUUCCUCUAGGGACCACUUUAUCAACCCCUUUAGGGACCACUAGAAGUUGCAAAAGUGGUCCCUAUAGGGACAUGCUUGUCGAUAAUAGCUAUGAAAUCUAUACAAAGGAGCAUUUUCCUGCGAAAAACUGAAAAGCGUUUUUGAAUGAAGUUGAAAGAUCCCUAUAGGGACCACUUAAGGUUUAGAGGCUUGGGAAUCGGACUUAAAACCCCUAUGCGGGCCACCUUGAUUUUAUUACUAUGAGGACAACUUUUCCGAUCCCUAUAGGGGUUUUCAAAGACUCUAAGAACUUUAAAACGAGAAAAAUAAAAUGGUCGAAGUCUUAAUCAAGGGAUUUUCAAUGUUCUUAAUAAAUGUAAAAAAAAACUUUUUUUUCUCUAAAUAUCAAUUUUUCCAGAGUGUUCUCAUGAAUCACAAAAAAUUCAAACAAUCCAUCUAACAAAAAAAUUUCAAAGCUACCGUAUCCCUACCGUAACCCAAACGCAUAGUUUUCCGUUUUGAUGGAACAACUUUUCUAUUUGAAAAUUGAGCAAAACCUCUUUUUUCUACAAAUUACAGUUAAAAAAUAACCUCGAAAUUAGAACCUUUUGGUGAAGCGUACGAGUUGGCGAAAGUCGCUACGAGUCGGGGGCAGCGAUUAAUCGGGUCUCAGGCCUGAAAAGGCCAGCUCGUAAAUCAAACGAUUUUCUCAGGGCCUUUCAUAAGACCUUAAGAUAAAUUUUGGGACGCUUACUGAAUAGUGAGCGUAUUUUUAUUCGAUUUUAAUAUUUUUUUAUACUAAUUUUGACGAUUUUAAUGGGAAAUGAGGACUUCAAAGAGCAAAAUUCAUUCAAAUUUAAGGUUUAAAAAAUGUAUUUGCUUGAAAAAAUUCCUUAAAAAAGGUUUUUAUAAGGUUAAGAGACUAAUAGAGCCUCAAAAAAAUGAGCAAUUUACCAUGUUAACUUGAAAAAAACCUGUCUUCCAAAAAGGUCUUAUAUGAAAAUUCAUAUUUCUAAUGAUGUAAGAUAGAAAGUGGCGUAAGCCUCUGAAAGUCGGGCGCACAGGUUAAUAAAUUGCUUUGUUUAAAUUUUCAUACCACGUUUCUCCAAUGAACACACUUCAGGGCCUUAAAUAAGACCCAAAGAAUAAAUUUUGGAACCUUUACUUUUCAGUAAAGGUAAAAGGUUACGGUAAAUGAGGUUACGGUGUUUAUUUUGAACAAUUUGAUGAAUUCGGGCAUUUUCUCACAUUAUAGCAGAUUCACGGAGCCAUCGAAAAAUGGUCCUGACACGAUAAUGAAAGAGAUAGUGUUAUGAUGGAGGAGACGCAGACAGGCUUUCUUGCUUGAGCUAAUAGUGAUGAGAACUAGGAGGUGGCGAAAGCCGCUACAAGUCGGGGACAGCGAUUCGAAUAGUCUCUGACCUAACUAGACUGAAUUUGAAAAUGUAUCGAUAUUUUCAGGGCCUUUCAUAAGACCCCAACGAUAAUUUUUGGGACCUUUACUUUUUAGCAAAGGUACUCGGACAUUGGUAACGCGUAACGGACGUUUAUGGGAGAUUCUAGGGGUCACUUAAGAGUUCUGAGGCUACUAAAGUGGUCACUAGAAAUGCCCUGACACGUCUGGGUUGCGAUACCAAGGUCCUUAUUUGUUAUUGAAAGAUUACGGUACUACAGUAACCAUUCUUUUUUGAAUCGAAGUGCCCUACUGAUUCAAUUUAUUUGAAAAAGAACAAUAUUUUGAUAUAAAAUUUGAGCGAAAAUCCAAUUUCUUCUCUGUCGAAAUGAAAUAUUUUCAGACGAUUUGGUCGGAGCCGGAGUUUUCUUGUUGAUUUUCCUACUGGCCGCCGUCAUCAGCUUGACGCUUCUCUCGAUUUAUCUCUAUUCGAAUAAGGAAAAGGAAAAGUCGACGACCGAUGCGUCCAUUUCCAACUGUAAGAAUCAAUGUUUUGAUUCCUAGAAAUUCAAAGGUUUCUUGAUCAGGACCUGUAGUCCAUCUAAGAAAACCUUAGGAACUCCGGAGUGGUCCCUAUAGGGGUCCUUGGAGGGUCCUCUCUAGAUACCACUUUACCAAUCCCUAGAGGGGCCACUAAAGCUUGCAAAAAUGGUCCCUGUAGGGAACAACCUUUACUUUUGAGUAAAGGUAUAAAAAAGUGCCUUCAAGAAAAUUACGUUUACAAUAAUUAUAAGCCACACCAAUUACAAUAGGAAUUUUUUGAAUAAAUAAAUAUUUUUCCAAACAAUUAAAAUCGCCCAAUUUUCCAGCCUACCUCUCUCCAGCCUCGCCGAAGAUCUGA